CUUCGCUGGAUCGAAAAAACAAAACUUCGCUUCCGCUUCGUCUUCUCAAUCUCUCUCUCGCUCUCUUAACACUUCUUCUCGUUGUCGGAUCUUCUCGGUGUUCGAUUGGAUCAGGGGAAAAUGAGAGACGGCUAUGCAUGGGAGGAAGAAAGGUCAUCGUCCUUUGCUUAUGUUUAAACCUCCUUCUCGUCUAAUCUCAAGCGUGGAGGCUCCUUCUUCUUCGUCUUCUUCCUCUCUAUCUCUCUCUUCACCUACUUCCUUCUCUAAGGACGGGAGGAGGAUUAGUGUUGGUGACUGUGCUCUGUUUAAGCCACCACAAGAUUAUUGCCCACCGUUUAUUGGUUUGAUCCGUUUGCUGCUUCCUCAAAAAGAAGGCAACUUUAAGGUUCGUGUGAAUUGGCUUUAUAGGCCUGGUGAGUUGAAGCUUGGCAGAGGCGUCCUUUUGGAGGCUAAGCCUAACGAAGUGUUUUAUUCCUUUCACGAGGAUGAGAUACCUGCUGCGUCUUUGCUUCAUCCGUGUAAAGUUACUUUUCUUCCCAAAGGCGUUGAACUCGCUCCUGGAAUCUCCUCGUUUGUUUGUUGGAGGGUUUAUGAUGUUAUGAAUGAGUCUAUUUGGUGGCUCACUGAUCAAGAUUAUAUCGAUGAACGUCAACAAGAAGUAGAUAAGUUAUUGAGUAAGACAUUACAGAGUCGUUCUCCUAGGUUAAUGACUAGUCCGACAACAUCUGAAGUUAAAAGAGGAACAGACGGUAUGCAGAGUAGUAGCUCCUUUUCUUCACAGGGUAAGGGAAGGAAGAGAGAGCGUGGUGGUGAUCAGGGUUCUGAGUCUGUGAAAAGGGAACGUUCAAGUAGGAUUGAUGAUAGUAGUUCUGGUUUUGUAAGAUCAGAAAGUAGUUUGAAAUCUGAGAUUGCGAAAAUUACUGAAAAAGGCAGGCUGGUUGAUUUUGAAGGGGUUGAGAAAUUGGUACAGCUCAUGCUGCCUGAGAAGAAUGAGAAGAAAACAGAUUUGAUUGGGCGAUCAGUUCUUGCAAGCGUUGUGGCAGCAACAGACAAGUUUGAUUGUCUUAGUCGUUUUGUUCAACUGAGGGGAUUACCUGUUUUUGAUGAGUGGCUACAGGAAAUUCAUAGAGGGAAAAUUGGGGAUGGGAGCAGUCCUAAAGACAAUGAUAGAUCAGUGGACGAUUUUCUUUUGAUCUUGCUGCGUGCUCUUGACAAGCUGCCUGUGAACCUCAACGCUCUUCAGACUUGCAACAUUGGAAAGUCUGUUAAUCGUUUGCGAUCAAAUAAGAACUCAGAAAUUGCGAGAAAGGCAAGGAGCUUGGUUGAUACAUGGAAGAAGCGUGUUGAGGCAGAAAUGGAUGCCAAGUCUGGAUCCAAUCAGGGCGCAUCUUGGCCUGGAAGACGUCAUCAGUCUGAAGUUUCCCAUGGCAGUAGACAUUCAGUUGUAUCCUUCGAUGCAACCAAGACAUCAGUAUCUCAUCUACAUCCUUUUAAGUCCGUGUCCGUCAAAAUAACCUCAGAUAACAGCGCGAAGUCUGCAACCACCUCUCCUAGUUCUACUAGUUCAGCCCCAUCACCUGGAACAGGUGUCGUUGUUGCUAAUGAUGGGCAGCAAAGAAAUACUGGUGCACUCCAUACAGAUGUUGGGCUGAGCAGGAGCUUAUCAUCACAAAGAAACGACACUUCUGAAAAGGUGUCUCAAACAACUCCUACACAUGGGAAGACUAUUGACGUGCCUGUGGCUGAAGGUUCUAGUAAUAAGCUGAUUGUUAAGCUACAUAAACGUGGUGAUGAGCAGGGGAAGGCUGUUAAUGAGUCUAGUAAAAUAGAAGAUAUUGUCAAGCCCACGUCUCCUACCUUAGGAGAUGAUGUCAAAACUGGAAAAAGGCAUGGUGAAUCACACAACUUAAUGAAUGCUUUAAUUGAAAGCUGUGUUAGGGACUCUGAGGCGAAUGCAUGUGUGGCUGGUGCAGAUGAUGUUGGAAUGAAUCUUCUUGCUACCGUUGCUGCUGAUGAAAUGUCCAAAUCCCCUAUUGCAUCACCCUCGGUAUCCCGGGUUUCAGGUUCCUUGAUGAAUGAUAAUUCCAUUUCGGAGAACCAUACAACAGGAAUCAGAAAUUCUUUGGAUGGCUUGCCUAGCGAGCAAGCUGAGAAUGUGAAUCCCGCCGUUGUUGAACAUGUCAGCAGUAGUGGCGAGCAGUUGGCCGUUGUGGAGAAUGUGGAUGAUUCUAAGCCGGGAGAUCUUGAUGAGAACUCCGAUUCAGAAAUAGAAGAGUUGCAAAGAUUGGUGGAUCAGUGCCUAGAAAGCAAUGAGAAUUCAGAUGACAUUGCUCCAACCGGUGGGCACACAUCAGGCAUUGAGGAAAACAUUUCUGAUGAUGGUGAUAGUGGGGUAGUUAGUGACCUAAAGACCGAUGAGAUAUCAGAGACAGAUCAAGUGGCAGAGAUAGUGACGAGGACAGGAGAAUCUGCCUUACGUAAAUGCAAAACCAUUGGCAUCAGUCGAAAUGCAACAAAUUCUUUGACUGCUGAAGAUUCACACUUGGAGGCUGUUGGUAGUGCUCAGGUGGAAGAGAAACCAAAGGUGAUAUUGAGUUCUGAACAAGUUAAUAAAAUGGGUGAAGUAUCAGUUUUGUCAGAGUUUGCCAAGGAUAGGAGUGCUGAAAAUGUUGAUAGAUCGAUGCCAGAGAAAUUGUCUGAUGAUAAUGAUUGUGGUGGAACAGCUAAGGAUCGAAAGGCUGCUUGUACAUCAGUAGAAACUUCUGCGCCAGCUAAAUCUGAAGCCAUCGUUUUAUGUCCCAAAGUAGAAUCCCUGGCUGUCGCAAAUACACAUUCUGAUGUAGUAGUUGAUAACAAGAAAGAGCAGAAACCCCCUGUAGCCUUGAGUUCUGAGCUGGUUAAAGAAACGGAUGAAGAUGUAACAGUUUCGUCUGGGUUCUCGAAGGGCGUGGCUGCAGAAAAGAUUGACAUGGGGAUUAAUCAUGUGAACCAAACAGAUAAAAAGGACAAGCCUGUGACAGCUCGUCUGGACUCAUCUAUAGCUAAAAAGGAAGUUGAGCAUCUAGAAGCGUGUCUAAAGAGUGCUGAAGUCGGAAAACAGUGCGUCACGACAGCAUGUGCUGAUGGGAAUGAAGCGCAGGAAUGUACCUCUGUUGCCAAAGAUGUUCCUUCAGUGUCAGCUUUAGCAGGGUCAGAGGUGGAAGCCAGAGUUAAAUUUGACUUAAAUGAAGCUUUCAAUGGGGAUGAUACACGAAAGGAGAAUUCAAGUAACUUCUGUGGACCGUUGUCUGUGACACCUACUCCAUUACAACCCAGUAGACUUCCUGGAUCCAUUACAGUUGCUGCUGCUGCAAAGGGUGCUUUUGUUCCACGUGAGGAUCUGUUGAGAAACAAAGCAACUGUUGGGUGGAGAGGGUCUGCUGCCACUAGCGCUUUCCGGCCAGCUGAGCCAAGAAAAGUCCAAGAGGUGUCUUCCUCUGAUGCUUCUACAACUGCUGGCAAGCAAAUGUUCUUGGAUUUUGACCUAAAUGUACCCGACGAGAGAGUUCUUGAAGAACUGGCUUCCCAAAGAUUUGCCAAUCCCACAAAUUCCUCUGGUGGCCUGGAUCUUGAUCUAAACAGACUUGAUGAUCCAGCUGAUAUGAACAAUCAUACAAUAAGCAGUGGUCAUCGGGUGGAUUCAACUUUUCAACAGGCAAACUUAUCUUCUGGUGGCAGUAGGGAUUUUGAUUUAAACGACGGACCUGCUGUUGAUGAUGUUAACGUUGAAUCAUCGAUGGGUUUCAGUCAAAAUUCCCGAAGUGCACAGCCAAUGAUCAGCGGAAUAAGGCCUGGCUUCUCAUCUUGGUUUCCUGCUGUUAACAAUUAUCCAGCAAUGAGUAUUCCUCAAAUCUUGCAUGAACGAGGCAAUGGACCGCAGAGAAUGGUGGGUCCAACAUCCGGAGUUUCCUCAUUUACACCUGAUAUGUACAGAGGCUCAGUCUUACUGUCUUCUCCAGCAGUUUCAAUCCCGGCCACAGCAUUUCAGUAUCCCGGGUUUCCUUUCGGAACCAGCUUUCCUCUUUCCUCAGCGAAUUUCUCAGGCGCUUCAACACCAUACAUGGACUCUUCAUCAAGUGGCAGACUAUGCUUCCCUCCUGCCAACUCUCAAAUAUUGGGUCCAGGAGUAGCCAUGCCAUCUAAUUACCCAAGGCCUUAUGUCGUUAACCUCCCAAACGGUAGUGGCAAUGUUGGAGUUUCGGACAGCAACAACAAUGCAAAAUGGUUUAGAUCUGGUUUUGACUUGAACUCUGGACCAGGAGGGCAUGAAACUGAUGGCAGAGAUGAAGCAGCACUUGUACAAAGACAGCUAUCUUCAUCUGGCUCUUUACCUUUGAGAGAUGAAGCAAGAAUGUAUCAAAUGUCAGGUGGGACUCUCAAGAGGAAGGAACCAGACGGUGGGUGGGAUGGAGGAUAUAAGUAA